UUAGUUGUGACCAGUGAUAUGGAGACACCAGCAAGCUUACUCAUGUCGUCGGGAACCUAUGCCUAUGUGGCUGUGAAAGCUUCGAUACAUGCGGCUGAGAGUGCUGUCUUUGGACUGAAUGAAGCUGAGACUGUUGCUCUUGUGAAACACUUUAAUAACUAUAAAAGUGACGUUAUCAAUGGGAUUGUGCUGAAGGCCACCCCUAUCCAAGUAGUGAAUGCUCUAGGGCAGUUGGGAUACCGUGUUAUUGGGACCACAGGCGAUUCAGAAACCCUUUGGACUAUGCAACGUGAUAUUUAAUAAUAAGUUUAGAACAGGAUUGCGUGUGCAGACUUAAUGAAACCCUUUUAUACCUGCCAUAAAACUUAGACAUAUCUCAGUGCUAUGUAAACUUUCAUGUUUUUUUUAUUUAUUAUCUAAGAUCUGCGCAAUGUGCGAAUGCGGACAUUCAGGACCAAACUCAGUAUCACAGUCAUUAGAUGAACUAGAAUUCGAACGCGGACUAUGGUUUGCAGCUCAGUAUGGUGACAUGGAAAGAUCCCUCCACUUAUUAGAAACAGGUUUCCGAGUAGAUCAGAGGGAUGCAGCUGGAUACACCGCCCUUCACUAUGCCGCCCGAAACGGCCAUUUGAAUAUUUGCAAGCUACUACUGGACAGAGGCGCAUGCGUGGACGCUGCCACUGCACAGGGCAAGGCAACGUCACUGCAUCGAGCCGCCACUGUAGGAAAAUUGGACGUUGUCAAGUUGUUAAUAGAAAGACGGGCGAAUUGUCUUGUGAAAGACAGUGAUGGCAAAACGGCUCUGCAUAGAGCGGCAGCCAAUAAGCAUGUCGAUGUUUGUAAAUAUUUGAUGAAGAUUGAGCCCAGUUUGAAGGAUGAAGUGGAUAACCAUAAGAAACGACCGGUUGAAUAUGUUCAAAGUGCUGAGCUGCUCAUGUUACUUACUUAGACAAUAUGGGUUUUUUAAAUUUGUGUGGAUUCAAGUAACAUAAUUUUUUACCUAUCUUAAUGUUUAGUGUAAAGGGUAAUAAGUAUACUAUUGAGAUUAUUAAAGGCUGCACUGACACACGCAAUAAUGGUAGGCCAGAA